ACUGCUUUCCCUUUAAAGCCUGAUGCACUCGGUGCUCCACUUUGGAGAAAGCAGCAGCAGCAGCAGCGGCAGCAGCAGCAGCGAGGGCCCGGAGACGUCGGGGCUUCGCUGGACCGUCUCACCGUCCACCGUCAUGGAGUUUUUGCUGGGGAAUCCGUUCAGCUCGCCGGUGGGCCAGUUAAUCGAGCGUGCCACUAACUCCAGUUUACCAUCUGAAGACUGGGAACUCAACAUGGAAAUCUGUGACAUAAUCAACAGCUCAGAGGAAGGGCCCAGAGACGCAGUCAGAGCCAUAAAGAAACGGAUUGUGGCCAACAAGAACUUCAAGGAGAUCAUGUUGGCUCUUACCGUCCUCGAGACGUGUGUGAAGAACUGCGGCUACAGGUUUCACACCUCGGUGACGACGCGCGACUUCAUCGAGGGCGUUCUGGUGCGCUCCAUCAUCCCCAGGAACAACCCGCCGCAGGUCGUACACGACCGAGUCCUCGGCAUCAUACAGGCGUGGGCCGACGCAUUCCGCAGCUCGCCCGACCUGACGGGCGUGGUGUCGGUGUACGAAGACCUGCGGCGGAAGGGACUGGAGUUCCCGGCGGCUCAGCUCGACGGCUACCCGUCGGCUCAGGCUCCGAAGAAGACUUUACCUGCGAACGGGCCCGCUGUCACUGCUCUAUCUGCUGUGCGCCUGUCCUCUAAACCUCCUCUCAUCCCCGCUCACACUUCUGAGCUCAGACUGGCCCUGGAGGGAGCCGGCGCCUUCACUCCCAGCCAGGUGAAGAUGCUGAAGACGGAGCUGGGCGUGGUGCGCAGCAACUUGUCCACCAUGUCGGACAUGAUGAGCCAGCUGGACCCGGUCACGGCGAAGCAGGCAGACAUGGAGCUGCUGGAGCAGUUGUACACUGUAUGUAAGGAAAUGCAAGACAGGAUUGUGAAGAUCAUCCCCAGACUCAGCGAGGAGAAGCUGAUCGAGGAAUUACUGGCCACCAACGAUGAAAUGAACACUGCCUUCACUCGUUACCACAGGUUUGAAAGAAGAUUAACGAUCGGUCAAAGCACAGAGCAGAAGAGCGACAACUAUAUGAACCUGUCGGACCUUUAUUCACCCGUCAGCCAAUCAGGGAUCGCCUCAGUUAAAAGCGACAGCUCCCUCAGUCUGUCCAAGCCAGACAGUUUGUACAGUCUGAUGGCCAAGCUGAGUACAAGCGAAUCAGACGACAUGUUGUCGCAGAAAAUAAACAUCUCAAGUCAGCAACUAACAAGUGAUACGAAUGAAGUGACAGCGGACGAUCUGGCUCGAGCUCAGGGCAGCAGUUUACAAAACUCCAGAUUGGAUGAGAGUCCAGCCUCGACCCACAGCUCUUCACCAAAGUUAGAAUGGAUGAUUAAAAGGGGAAUGAUUCCCAUCAACCAGUCCAAUGUCAUGGACGAUGUCGAGAAAUGGCUAGAGCUGGAAGACGAGUACGACGACUAUGAAGACUCAGAGGGUGUGACCAGUGAAGAGUUCGACAGGUUUCUGGCAGAAAGAGCAAAAGCGGCGGAGCGCCUGCCGUCCCUGCGAGGCUCCUCACAGGACGCCAGCUACUCAGAGUCCUAAAGCCAUUCGGUGGGCCACCUCCAACCCCCCCGGCGCCACUGGCCGGCGCGUCCCGACUUGUGAUUGAGUGGAGGGUCGUUACGUGGAAGUGACACUCGAGGAACAACGCUGGACGAGAAAAUGAGCUGGGAACUGGAUGAAAACCCUGCUGGUGAAGGAAUGUUUUUGCUGGAGGGUUUGUAUGCGAGCAAACUUUUGCACAUUUUCUAUAUAGUUACAUUCCUGGCAUUCAGAGGGGAAUAAAAGAUAAUGUUACAAAGAAACACUUUGCAGGAUAUAUUAUGUAUUAUACUGCUGUGAAAUGUAUAUAUAAAUAUAUAUAUAUAAGCAUAUAUAUAUAUAUUGGUAACAUGAAAGGUAAAAAUACACUUUAAAAAAUAAUUAAAAUAAAACACCGUAAACUUGUAAGUGAAGCUCUGAUGUAACAUACUGUUACUGUUUAAUGCUUCACUUUUUUUGUUGGAUGUGGAAAAAUUCCAGGUUUUGUACUUCCAGCUUUUCCGCAAAAUGACGGAAAUUCAUGACAAAUUGCUGCCAGAUAUUAAACUAAAGCUAUUAACUGGA